AUGGCUGUUUUCAUGGUCUUGCUGCUGGCACUGUUUCUUUGCCAGGCAUGUCAGGCCUACGUGGUGAAAUGCACGAUCCAGUAUCCACACCGUCCACUUCACAUGUAUCGUCAGUCUGGAGAUUACAUCAUUGGUGGUAUUCUUUCUCAUGGUACCUUCUUUUCCAGUUCAGAAUCCUUCAAUGAAGAACCCCCACCUCCAUUGCCUGAAGAGCUUCUGGUUGUGCCUAAGGGUUACCAGCACUUCCUGGCCUUGGCAUUUGCAGUCAAGGAGAUCAAUGAAAACCCUCAGCUCUUACCCAAUCAUACUUUGGGCUUCCACAUCUAUGACAGCUAUGACAAUGCAAAGAAGACAUAUCAUGCCACAAUGCUACUUUUAUCCGCACUAGGAUUUUUUUCCCCCAACUAUCUGUGUUAUAUCCAGAAUAAUCUGGCAGCUGUCAUCGGGGGACUUGACUCUGAAAUCUCGCUUCAUGUGGCAACUAUCUUGCAUAUCUAUAAGAUCCCACAGCUCACAUAUGGCCCUGCUCCACUAAUGAAUGAUAAGAUACAUGGACUUUCCUUCUAUCAGAUGGCCCCCCAGGAAAGGUACCAGUUUGCUGGAAUUCUCUCUUUGCUCCUGCAUUUCAGAUGGAUAUGGAUUGGGGUCAUCGUGAUGGAUAAUGACAAUGGAGAACAAUUUGUGCAAACUGUGCUCCCACUGUUUUCCAGAAGUGGUAUCUGCUUUGCCUUUCUAGAAAGAAUUGCCAAACUUAGUUUUGCAAGUGAAAGUUAUAACAAUAUACAAAAGGGAGCAAAAAUGCAUGACAAAGUGAUGGGCAGCACAGCUAACAUAGUGAUGGUAUAUGGGGAAUCAUAUUCCAUGGCAUUUCUUAGAUGGCUUCCAUAUCUAUCAGAACUUGAGGACAAGACAAUGAACGUAAAAGGUAAAGUAUGGAUAAUAACAGCCCAGACUGAAUUCACUUCAUUGGUCUUUCAAAGGAAUUGGGAUUCAGGAAUGUUCCACGGCACUAUAUCUUUCAGAAUUCACUUCAAUGACUUACCGGUAUUUCAUCAAUAUGUUGAGAGCAGAAAUCCUUCCAGCAUAGAGGAUGGUUUUAUCAAGGACUUCUGGCAACAGGCCUUUGACUGUGUCUUCCCUAAUUCCAUUAUUGGAAAUGUGGAGGGGAAUAUUUGCACAGGAGAGGAGAAGCUGGAGAGCCUUCCAGGGGCGUUUUUUGAAAAGAGCAUGACAGGCCAUAGCUAUAGUAUCUACAGUGCUGUCUAUGCUGUGGCACAUGCUUUAAAUAUGAUGUCAUCAGCUAGGCUGAGAAGAAUUGUGUACGGAGAGAGACUGAAGAAUCAGAAACGACAGUUCUGGCAGCUCCAUCACUUUCUGAUAAGUGUCUCAUAUAACAGCACUGCAGGGGAUGAGAUCUCCUUCAACCAGAAUGGGGAGGUAAUAUCUGGCUUAGAUGUUAUCAACUGGAUUAUUUCCCCCAACCAGUCCUUCCAUAGAGUAAGAGUUGGGAGGAUGAAUCCCCAGGCUCCUCCAGACCAAGCGCUUACCAUAGAUGAAGAUGCUAUAACUUGGCACAGCUGGUUUAACCAGGCUCAUCCAAUUUCUGUAUGUACUCAGAGUUGUCAACCUGGAUCUAGCAAGAAAGUGAAGGAGGGGGAGCCAUUUUGCUGCUACGAUUGCAUCCCAUGUCCAGAAGGGAAGAUUUCUAACCAAGAGGAUAUGAAUGACUGUUAUAAAUGCGCAGAUGAAGAUUAUCCAAGCAAGAACCGGGAUCUGUGUAUUCCCAAGGAUAUAAGCUUCUUGUCUUAUGAAGAACCUUUGGGCAUCAAUUUAGCCUUCUUUGCUCUUUCCUUUGCUUUCAUCACAGCUCUGAUCCUGGGAACAUUUCUGAAGCACCAUGAUACUCCCAUUGUCAAAGCCAACAACCGAAAUCUCACCUACACCCUCCUAGUCUCCCUCCUGCUCUGCUUCCUUUGUGUUUUACUCUUCAUUGGCCAGCCUGAGAAGGUGACAUGUCCCCUCCGACAAACUGCUUUUGGCAUCAUCUUCUCAGUGGCUGUUUCUUGUGUGCUGGCAAAAACUGUCACAGUGGUUGUCGCUUUCAUGGCCACCAAACCAGGAUCCAGGAUGAGGAAGUGGGUGGGGAAGAGACUGGCCAACACCAUUGUCCUUUCCUGCUCCCUUGUACAAGCAGGAAUCUGUACUCUGUGGCUGGCAACCUCUCCUCCUUUCCCAGAUGUUGACAUGCACUCAGUGACUGAAGAAAUUAUAGUAGAAUGUAAUGAGGGCUCUGUGACUAUGUUUUAUUCUGUCCUUGGCUACAUGGGCUUCCUGGCAUUUAUUAGUUUCACUGUGGCUUUCCUUGCCAGGAAGUUACCAGACAGUUUCAAUGAAUCCAAAUUUAUUACUUUCAGCAUGUUGGUCUUUUGCAGUGUUUGGUUGUCCUUUGUCCCAACCUACUUGAGCACCAAAGGAAAAUACAUGGUUGCUGUGGAGAUCUUUUCUAUCUUAGUCUCCAGUGCUGGGUUAUUGCUUUGCAUCUUUUCCCCAAAAUAUUAUAUUAUUGUGUUUAGGCCUGAACUGAACAACAGGGAACAGCUAAUAAGAAGAAAAUAA